AUGAAUGGAUUUUGGAAUAAAUUAUCAAAACCUAUAUUUUCAUUAGCACCCAUGGCUGAUGUUACUGAUAUAUCAUUUAGAUUUUUAUUAGCUAAUUGUAUGGGAAAACCAAAUGUAAUAUUCAAUGAAUUUGUAUCAGCAGAUGGAUUAGCGAGAAAUAGAGAAGCACUUAUUGAUAAACUUGGAUAUUCAACUCAAGAGAAACCAAUAGUUGCACAAUUUUUUGGAAACAAACCAGAAUAUUUCUAUGAGAGUGCCAAAAUAGCCAAUGAAUUAGGAUAUGAUGGCGUUGAUAUUAAUAUGGGUUGUCCAAGUAGAAAAGUAUUAUCACCAAAACAAGCAAGUGGUGCAGCAUUAAUUACAAAUCCUUCAUUAGCCAAAGAAAUUGUUAAAAUCACAAAGGAAGCAUUAAAUUUUGAAAAACCAGUAAGUGUUAAAACUAGAAUUGGAUUUGACAAAAUUGAAAUUGAUGAAUGGAUUCCAUUAAUUUUAGAAAGUGAACCAGCAUGUUUAACCCUUCAUCUUAGAACUAAAAAAGAAUUAUCAUUAGUACCAGCACAUUGGGAACAUCAAGUUUUAGAUAGAGUUGUAGAAUUACGUAAUCAAAUCUCACCAAAUACAUUACUGGUUGGUAAUGGUGAUGUUGAAACCUAUGAACAAGGUAUUGAUUAUAUCAAUCAAUUUGGAAUUGAUGGUGUUAUGAUUGGACGUGCAGUUUAUGGCAAUCCAUGGUUAUUUAAUAAAAAUUUAGUUAUUCAAUAUCAACCUGGAUUAAAUGUAAAUCCAACUGAAAAACAAAAGAAAUUAAUGGAUCAACAAUUAAAACUUUCAAAUGGUUUAAUUAUUGAUGAAAAUGAAUUAUUAAUUGAAAUCACUUUAAAAGAAGUUUUAACAACAAUGGUAAAACAUAUAAUAAUUUCAGAGAUUUUAACACCAAGAAAACCAAUCAGAACUUUAUUUUCACAUUUUAAUAGUUAUUUAAAAUGUUGCUCAAAUUUAGGUGGUACUACAAAUUUAAAAAAAGUUUUAUUUGAUUGUGAAACAAGUGAACAAGUUUUAAAUCAAUUAAAUAAUUAUUUAAUUUUUAAAAAUAAAUCCGAUCAAUUAUUAAAUUAUUCAGAAAUUAAAUUAUCAAUUCAAAAUUUAAUAAAUAAUUCAAUAUUAAUUAGAAUGGAUUAA